AAGUGCCAAUCCGAGAACUAGGAGAUUGGGCAACGAACGGAUGCUGUCGAACUACCAUGCAUGUCCUUAUCUCGCUACAAUAUCCCCUACAUGGCGUGUAACUUGGCGUGCAUUGAAGAGCGGGGUCGUCAGCCGAGGCAACCAUCUGGGUGAUGCUGAGUGAUGUUGUUCUGGCCUCCGCUGCGGGGUUACAGCGAGGGGUGUCGGUCCAUGGUUGCACACAACCACCAUUUAAAUCACCCCCUCCCCCCCAAUUCCCCAGUGACACCGAAUUCCAUUCUGUCACCACAAAUUGCCAUAAUGACUACUGACCCGCCGGAGAGCUCCAGCCCCAAAGGGUUCGGGGGACCUUACGCCAACCAUCUCUACCUGGACGUCUUAAUUGUGGGAUCCGGAUACAGCGGCAUCUACUGCCUGCAUGAGCUACGCAAGCUGGGUCUCAAAACGGUCAUCUUCGAUGCUGCACCGGACCUGGGUGGAACCUGGAGAUGGAACCGCUAUCCAGGUGCUCGGCUGGACUCGGAGGUGCCCGAGUAUCAGUUCUCGUUUCCUGAAACCUGGGCCAACUGGAAUUGGUCCACGAACUAUCCCGCCUACGAUGAGCUUCGCCGGUACUUUGAUCACAUUGAGAGCGUCUGGGACAUCAAGAAAGACUGUGCCUUUGACACGGUGGUCGUGGGAGCCGAGUUCGACCCCAAUGCUGGGCGCUGGCAGGUCACCACGGCCGACGGCCGCCAGGUGACGGCCAAGUAUUUCAUCGUCGCGACCGGCUUUGCUGCCAAGCGCCACCUUCCUGAAUGGCCGGGCAUGGACUCCUUCCAGGGAGAAAUCCAUCACUCCGCCCUCUGGCCCGAAGACGACGUCGACGUCCAAGGCAAGCGAUGUGCCGUUAUCGGCACCGGAGCAUCCGGGGUCCAGCUGACCCAAGCCCUGGGGCCCGUUGCCAGCUCACUCAAGGUCUUUCAGCGCACGCCGAAUCUUGCCAUUCCAAUGCGUCUGCGUUCUCUCACUGUGGAAGAACAAGAAAGAGUCAAGCCUAUAUACCCGAAGCUCUUCCAGCUCCGGGAGACAUCCUUUGGCGGGUUCACAUUCGACUUCAUCGAGCGGGGAGUAUUCGAUGAAAACGAAAGAGAACGUGAAGCCUUUCUGGAGCGGCUCUGGGAGCAAGGCGGCUUCCGGUACUGGGUCGGCACAUACCCAGACUAUCUAUUUGACCCCAAAGCCAACCGAGCGAUCUACGAUUUCUGGGCGCGCAAGGUCCGCGAACGCAUCGACGAUCCGGUAAAUCGCGAUUUACUGGCCCCGUUGGAGCCACCGCACCCAUGGGGUGUCAAACGGCCUAGUUUGGAAGUCGGCUACUACGACCAAUUUAACCGACCAAACGUAGAUCUGGUCGAUGUGAGCAGCAACGCCAUUGAGUCGUUCACGGAGAAAGGCAUCCGCAUGACCGAUGGUACGGAGCACGAGCUUGAUGUGGUCUGCAUCGCAACAGGCUUCGACGUGUCCACUGGAGGGCUUGUGAAUAUGGGUCUACGCAGCAUCCACGGGACCUACCUGAAGGACGAAUGGGCGACGACUGUGCAUACGCAUCUCGGUCUCACCAUUCACGGCUAUCCCAACCUCUUUUUCACAUACGGUCCCCAUGCACCCACGGCGAUCUCCAAUGGACCAACCACCAUCGAGGUCCAGGGACGGUGGAUCGUAGAUGCGAUCAGAGCGAUGGAGCGGAAGGGGAUCAAAUCUAUUGAUCCGACGUUGGCCUCUACCCAUUCCUGGAAAGACACUAUUGAAUCGCUAUCGAAUCGUACUUUGUUCCCGACGACACGGUCCACGUAUAUGGGGGGGACAUUUCCGGGGAAGCCAUUCGAGCAGUUGAAUUAUACAGGUGGAAUCCCUAAAUAUCGUGUUGAAAUUCGGAAGGUAUUGCCCGACUUUGAUGGAUUUGAUGUUGUUAUGCAGUAG